GCCCCCCCUUCCUCGUUGCGUCCGGGAGCGCGCGGGCUGCGGUUGACGCAAUAGCACUCGCACCCGCCACCGGAGCGCAGCGGAAGCCACGGACUCUUGAUUAGCUUGAUACUGUUUCUUACGAGGAUGCAGUUGCAGGCAGCUUUGCUGCUUCCAGGGGAAUGAAGCCCUAUGCUUCCAAAAUGUCCACAGAUGGGGGCUUUGGCUCAGGAGGCAACAGUGAUGCCCAGCAAUGCCUUCAGUCUUUUUGGCCUCGGGUCAUGGAGGAGAUUCGAAAUCUAACAGUGAAAGAUUUCAGAGUUCAGGAACUUCCAUUGGCACGCAUAAAGAAGAUCAUGAAACUAGAUGAAGAUGUAAAGAUGAUCAGUGCAGAGGCGCCUGUUCUGUUUGCCAAGGCUGCUCAGAUAUUCAUCACAGAACUGACACUACGGGCCUGGAUACACACAGAGGACAACAAGCGCAGGACCUUACAGAGAAACGACAUUGCCAUGGCCAUCACUAAGUUUGAUCAGUUUGACUUUCUCAUUGACAUUGUUCCGAGGGAUGAACUUAAACCUCCCAAGCGCCAGGAGGAGGUGCGCCAGGCUGUGACCCCGGCAGAGCCUGUCCAGUACUACUUCACACUUGCUCAGCAGCCUGCAGCUGUCCAGGUGCAGGGGCAGCAGCAAGGGCAGCAGACAACCACGUCCACCACGACCAUCCAGCCAGGGCAGAUCAUCAUAGCACAGCCUCAGCAAGGGCAGACCACCCCUGUGACUAUGCAGGUCGGAGAAGGGCAGCAGGUUCAGAUUGUCCAGGCUCAGCCACAGGGGCAGGCUCAGCCAGCACAGAGUGGGACUGGGCAGACCAUGCAGGUCAUGCAGCAGAUCAUCACCAAUACUGGAGAAAUUCAGCAAAUACCGGUACAUCUCAACGCCGGUCAGCUGCAAUAUAUCCGCUUAACUCAGCCCGUUUCUGGUGCCCAGGUGGUCCAGGGCCAAAUCCAGACACUUGCAGCCAACACACAACAGAUUGCACAGACAGAGGUUCAGCAGGGACAGCAGCAAUUCAGCCAGUUUACAGACGGACAGCUCUACCAGAUCCAGCAAGUGACCAUGCCUGCCGGCCAGGACAUCACCCAGCCCAUGUUCAUCCAGUCCACCAAUCAGACAACAGAUGGACAGGCCCCACAAGUUACAGGAGACUGAGUUGGUUCAGCCAGAGGGCUGUGGGAUGUUAUGGAAGAUACACCAUCUUGAUUGCUGUACUGGCAACCAGAGGCCCCCUUCAGC